UACAUGCCGCUCUGUGGAAGUGGGUGAAAGGGCACGAAAACAGGGGCGACUCAUUGGUCACGUCUCGGGACAUUCAGAUUUCAGAAAGUAAAAUCUACAAACGACUGGAAACUUCACCGAAGAGCAGCGAACGUCUGGACGAACAGCUGAAGUAAUAACAGAUUACAGAGGAAGAAGAAGAGGAAAACAUGUUGCCGAACACAGGGAAACUUGCCGGCCGAACUCUCUUCAUCACCGGCGCGAGCCGCGGCAUCGGCAAAGCCAUCGCGCUCAAGGCGGCGCGCGAUGGUGCCAACGUGGUUGUGGCAGCUAAGACAGCCGAGCCACACCCCAAGCUGCCAGGGACCAUCUACACCGCUGCUCAGGAAAUUGAGGAGGCAGGGGGCCAUGCUCUACCAUGCAUAGUCGACGUGCGUGAUGAGCUGCAGGUGGGCAAGGCUGUGGAGCAAGCAGUGAACAAGUUUGGAGGUAUUGACGUUCUGGUGAACAACGCCAGUGCCAUCAAUCUGACCGGGACCUUGGAGACGCCCAUGAAGAAAGUGGACCUGAUGCUGGGAAUCAACCUCCGAGGAACAUACCUAACGUCCAAAUUGUGUCUUCCUCACCUGCUGAAGAGCAAGAACCCGCACAUCAUCAACCUUGCCCCCCCACUCAACCUCAACCCCAUCUGGUUCAAGAACCAUACUGCCUACACUAUGGCUAAGUAUGGGAUGUCCAUGUGUGUCCUGGGGAUGGCUGAAGAGUUCAGAGGUCAGGUGGCUGUCAACGCACUCUGGCCCAAGACAGCAAUCCAGACAGCAGCAAUGGACAUGCUGGGGGGAGCAGGGAUUGAUAAGCAGUGCAGGAAGGUGGACAUCAUGGCCGAUGCUGCCUAUGCUAUUUUGGGGCGCCCUGUGGACUUCAGCGGCCACUUCCUGCUAGACCAGGAAGUGCUCAAUGAGGAAGGCAUACGAGACUUUGACAUCUAUGCCGUGGCACCAGGUCACCCCCUCCUCCCAGACUUCUUCUUGGAUGAGGAGCCAGAAGGCAUGGUUAAACAGAUGGAACAGCACGGAGGCACUCCUGCUUUCAAGUCGUCGGCAGCAAUGCCCUCAUCUGGCAGUCCGGUGGAAGACACCUUCAAUGUGAUCCGCGGUGUCCUCAGCACAGAAAUCGUCAAGGCUACACAAGGCGUCUACAAGUUCCAGCUGUCUGGUGAACAUGAGGGUAUUUGGUUUAUCGACCUGAAGUCGGGUUCCGGGGGUAUUGGUGCUGGGGAGCCACCCGUCACGCCUGAUGUGACCAUGAGCAUGGACUCCGCCGACUUCAGCAAAAUGUUCGCUGGCGAGCUGAAGCCCACAAUGGCCUUCAUGUCUGGGAAGCUGCGGAUCAAGGGCGACAUGGCCCUCGCCAUCAAGCUGGAAAAGAUGAUGGCGCUGAUGAAAAAGUCCAAGCUCUGACAUCUCUAGCACCACCAGUGCUACUAGUACUGCUGUGUACUAGUACUAAUAGUACUAGCACUACUAGCACUACUACUGCAGACCACCUUAAAACUGCAGGCCACCCUACAUGUGCCAGACACCGACACAGGAUAAUGUUUUUGCCAAUGAAUCAGAUUUGAGAAAUCAUCCGUCUUUCUACUACUACAACUGAAAUAGCAGCAGUACUACUAAUACUAAUACUAGUGCUAGUACUAUUACUGCUGCUGUUAUUCCCCGUUGCCUUAUAUCUGCAGAUGCGACGUUAGCUCUAAAACAGAGAACAUUUUGUUGAGUUUUGCUAACUGCUGAAUUCAAGCUCUUAGAACGGUUGCAUAUUUCUAUUACUACUACUAGUACUAGUACUACUAGUAGUACUAGUACUCCUGCUGCUGGUAAUGCAGAUCGUCCUGAAACUGAAUCGGCGGUAACACACCUGACCAACCUGUCCCCGACCCGUGUGUUUGUGUUUGUUUUGAAGCUGCGAUCUUAAUGAUGCAUGUUUUGAGUACAUUGUUGACUAGAUAAAGACACAUCUGGAAUAUUGUGCUCACUGUUGUGUUGUUUAUUUGCCAAUGUUGAUGAUUUAUUAAUAAAAUACU